AUGUCCUCGACGCAUAGUAACAAUGUAGGGCAUCCUCAAUCUACUCCACAAGGUCCGCUAACGGAACAGCAAAGAGCACAACAGCAGUAUCAAAUUUUCGAGAACUCAUUGCCAAAAGUAAGUCAAUCCGUUUAUCAGAUGCUGUUGAACGAGAUGGUUCCUUUGGCUAUGGGAAUUGAGAGGCAAUUAUCAGGCGAAGUCAUCAGUUCUGAUAGCAAUGUAACUCCAGAAAAUGGUAACAUCAGCAGUAUGAUAAAGAGGCUGAAAAUAGAGGAACAUCAUACAGUAGAUAUCAUACGUUCUCAUAAUUUGAUACAUGAGCUGUAUAAGGCUGAAGAAGAGGAAAAGGAAAGGGUUUUAGCAAGACUGAGGAAUAUUGGGUUCCAAAUUGGAUCGAAACUGUCAGAGUUAUUGAUAUUUUCUAACAACCCAAAUUUAAAAUUCAAGGAAAUGGAUCUUCUAUUGAUAAUGAAGUUCAUUUGUAGAGAUGUCUGGAAACAAAUAUUUGGUAAGCAGAUCGAUAAUUUGAAAACAAACCAUAGAGGAACAUUCUACCUGCUUGACUAUGACUAUCGACCUAUUCAGUCAUUUUCUCUAGAUGAAGAUGCAAAAAAUGAGGAAUUAAAGAUUAUAGAGCCCUUUUUGGAGAUACCUGUGGGCAUUAUUAGGGGUGUGUUGUCUUCGUUAGGUUAUUCGUCUGAGGAAGUUAUCUGUUUGGCGUCUUUCAUUGACAGGCCUACAGAUAGACCAAAAACAGCUUUUCCCAAGGGAAUUAGCUUCCAUGUUCAAGUCACAAUGCCGCAAUAA